CUAAAAAGUAGUAAAUUUUCACAUAUAUUUUAAGCACUUAUUGACUUAUUUUAUAAAGUUAUUUCAAGUAAAAACUAGUCUUUAUAAGUAAAUUAAUAUUUUAGCUAUUUUAACUCAUUUUCCCUCACUUUUAUAGAUUUUGUGAAUUUAUUGGGAAAAUGGAGACUAAGCAAGUACUUGGAGACUAAGCAAGUUUAUGAUUGGACAAGAAAAAUAAAGAGGCAACUUUUGUCCUUUGUUUAAACACACAAGAAGAUUUUCUAUUGGACCAAAAUUACCAAAGUACAGCACCGUUUCUUUUGACUCUUCACUAACUAAGUUGUCUUGGUUAGAGCAGUAUCACAUGUAGUCUGAAAAGCAUGAUCAAACCGCCUUCCUUCUACAAGGGGCUUACCAUCCAUAGUUACUUUUUAAGCCUAUUUAAGCAUUGCAUCACCCAUUGUGAAAAGAAUCCAAUUCUUACACUCUCACACACACGAGAGAACAGAGAGUUAAAAACAGAGGAGAAAGACAGAGAGUAAGCAUAGAACGACGGAGGAAACGAGUUGGAUGCACACCAACUGUUCGAGAAAUCAACCGGUGUUGUUAUUUCAUCUCUUUUCUUCUCAUUUGUGUAAACUAUCAUGGUAAUGAGUAGUUAAAGACACUUUUGUUGGGAUUAGGUGUAAAUUACUCUAUUAGUAUGUGUUUCUAUUGAUCAUGGUUUUAUAUAUGGUUUUAGUUGUCUCUCAAUAUUGAUGUUAUCUUUGUUUUCAUUGUUUUAAUCUCUGAUUUGAAUUGUUAUAGACAUAUACCUUUUGAAUCUAAGAACUAGGAUAAUAUCUAUUGAACUCUAAAUUCUAGACAUAGAUUUAGGUUUAAUAUUCACUUAGAGUAUCGAAUCUUAAUGCUAUUGUAUUGAUUGAUGACCCGAGACAUCGGAUGUUAAUAGAUGCAAUAGAUAUCUCGAUGUUAUCUGGACACGGAAACGUUCGACGAGCGAUACGUGAUAAUAUUGAUAGAUGACUAGAAUCUAUAUAACUGAUUAGGGAAAUAUAUAUGAAUGAGUUAAUGAAGUCUAAUCUCAGCAAUUUCAUCUCUCUGUUAAUUUACUCAUCUCUUGUCAUCAUUAUAUUUUCGCAACUUAUCGCAAACAAAUACCUUUCAAUCACUUUACUUAAAAUUAUAUUACUUGUUGAACUGCAUCGAUAUCGCAUCAGUCCCUGUGGAGACGAUAAAAAUAUACUUACUUUUGUAUUUCAACAAAAUGGCGCCGUUGUCGGGGACUGGCGUUUAGAUAUUGGAGCAUUUCAACAAUUUGUAUUCUUUUAAGUAUUUGUAUAUAUUUGUUUAUAUUGUAUAGUUUUUCUUGCACUAAUCCUUCUUUGCUAGACAAAGAAAGUUGUUUUUCUUGUUUGUUGAAUCCUUUUUCAGAUUCCCCAUUAAAAGUUAAACCAUGACUGAUCGUGGUUAUUAUAACUUCUAUACUCCGGGUGAGUAUGAAUCAUAUCAACAGUUUCCUCCUUAUAGUUAUGGGCAAACUUCAGAGGCUAGAUUGGAGGAGACCAUGAUUAAAUUCAUGGAAAUGCAGCAGCAACAAAACCAACAGUGGCAACAAAUGAAUGAACAAAUGCAACAGAUGCAAGACCAACACCGACAAUAUAUGAAAAACAGUCUUGCACGGGCCAAAAAUUUGGAAAAUCAGCUUGUUCAGUUGGCUAAACUGUUAGCCAAUAACAAUAACCAAGGAGGAACAUUUCAAACCAACACACAAACCACUCCUGACGAGAAAGAUAAUAUUCUAAAUGAGGAAAGAAUGUUCGAAGGAUGUGGUGUAAAGAAAAUAGUGAAAGAAAUAGAUACACCGCAUGAAGUUGAACUUCCUCAAGAAUUGCCAUGUACGGAGGAAGCUAACACUGUUGAUAAGGAACAAGUGAUGAUGGUUGCGGAGGAAAAUGAAGGAUUAUUUAGCAAGGAAGAAUCAUGUGAACAAAAGAAGGAGAUGGAAAACAAGGCGAAGGUUGAUAGAGUCAUUGAUGAAAUUUGUGCCUUGUUUAAUAAAAAAGAAUUAGGGAGGAUAUGGACUCCGCAACAUUUAUAUCUAAAAUUCAUGGAGUUCCUCCCUAACCGAAGGAAAAAGACGGAUGAUGUGCUUUCCGUCUCAUUUUGGCCACCCUAACCAAAAAGGCGUCAAGCUAGUGACGUUAAAGAAGCGCUUGUUGGGAGGCAACCCAAUUUUCUAUCUUUACUAUUUAAUUUUUGCAAUUUAUCAUUUUAGUAUAUUUAGGCAUGUUUUGAAAGAUUUUAUAUAUGAGCCAAAAUUGAACCAUUGCAUUUGAAGGAAAAGUUCUGCAAUUUUUUGCCUGUUUUCAUGACUUCGCUAAGCGACCGUUUCUUUGGCUAAGCGAAGAAGACUGAGUUUUGAAACAUCCACACACUCCUUCACGUUAAAACCCUCAACUACUCUUCCCUCUCACGAAUUUUGAUCUUCUGUCACUCAAAUUCAUCCAAUUUUAUUCAUCCCAUCCAAAAAAAAAAAAAACAUCUUUUGACUCAUUCAGAUUCACAAGGGUUUGCAAAAGAAUUCAUCCAUUUAUUUAAAAUCCUAAAUUUCAUCUCAUUCUUCAUCUUUUCACAAGUAAGUCUAUUCUAAUGCUUUAAUGUUCAUUAUUAUUGAAGUGGGUUUACUUAAUUUGUGAAUUUGAGAUUCAAUAUAGAUGAAUUAGGGACUUUUGUGGUUUAUCACUCUUCAUGGAAAACGAAAUUAGGAUUUUUAAUCCUUCAUUUUUAUUUGGAAAAUCUCUGUUUGAGUGUGGAUUUACAUGUUUAAGGUGUGUUACUUGGGUAAUUAGACAAGAACAGGGCUGGUGUCUGUUUCCAAUGAAUUCAUGUUUCCUUGCUUCACCUUUUUAUGAAACUUACGUUUUUCAUCACAACAAUUGCACAUAGGAAUGCUUUGCACUUCAUUUACUCCAGUUGGAUAUACUUGGUUAUGUGAUGAAUUACAAUGUCAGAUAUUAUUUUUUUUUUCUCUUCUAUACCCAAAACAAAGCAUGAAUGGUAUGAUGGUACUUUCACUGAAACUUGUUAAUCACUUUCAUAUUUUAAAUCUUGGAUUAAUGGUGCCUUACUUUAGGAACAAUGAUCAUGUGAAUCAAGUGGUGAAUGCUUUUAGAACAUUGAUUAUCACUUUUACAUACUAACCACCGAGCAAACACAGUUUGAAUGAUUAUAUGCACAGGUUUACUAUGCAUCUGCAGCAAGGUGCAACAUGUUAAAUGGCCUACACCUGAGGUUUUUGCUGCAUUUGUUAAAUGGCCUGAGGUCAGUCCACAUGCACCGGAGGAGGCAGCUCAUCAAAACGAUGUUGAAGUUGGAGUUAAUAAUGAGCUAGAUGAAGCAGAGUAUGGAGCUAAAGCACGCCACAUACAGUGAACUUUUAUUGUUUCAGUCAUUAACAUUCAUGUUUUAUGUUUCAUUGCAAAUGUUGACUGAAAUUUUUGUGAACAUACAUGGUUUAAAUUUUUGUGAUCGCUAAAUGUGCAUAUGAAUUGAAAUGUCUAGGUUUGUGAUUAAUCAAAUUCAAAUGCAUGAUUAGAAUGAAUUUUUCAAAUUGCAUUGCUUGAGGUGAAAUCUUUGUGAUUAUCUUUGAAUGAUAGGAUGAAUUUGAACUAAGUAGCUUUAUUCAAUUUGAUUUCAUCCAUUCCUUCUUAACAUGAUUAAUUGAUUAUGAAUCACGUAGACCUAGCCGGGUGAGAUUGUGUGAACCUUCCAUUGUUUAUAUAUUUGAGAGCCGACAAUUGUGUUUAACUCUGUUGGUUUUAACUGAAUCUUGCUAUUACUUGAUGUGUUUGAUGUCAUGGAUAUGAUCAAGGCCUUGUUUCUUUUUGAGUGAUAACUACUUUGGCCAAAUAUAACCUACCAUGUGACUUGUGUGAUCCUUUGCUACCCCCUUGAGCCAAACUUUUGAAAAUUUGUUUGUUUUGAACCCUUGAACCAUAAUAAAGAAAAACAAUGACUUAACCCUUGUCUUAGGAUGAUUGAGCAUUGAAUUUAAGUAGGGUUGAAAACAAGUUGGGGAGAAAGAGGUUAUUUGUUUGUUUGCAAA